AGAAUAAUGUUAACGGAAGAGCUCGUACCCAACCGUCGCCUAGCUAAAAUCUAUCCACGUGCAAAUUUAAUAACAUUUCAAAAUUAUCACCAACAAAAAGCAUCGAAGGAGCGUGCGAACAAGAACUUGAAAAAUUUCAAAGAGCUAAUUGGUGAAUUUGGUGAACACACAAGCAUACACGGCUUGGGGAAACCACUUGCAGCCAAUAUCAGCGUUGUGCAGCGCCUUUUCUGGACCAUCGGAUUUCUCUGCGCGCUCGGCAUGAUGAUUUUUGUGAUUCAAAUACUCGCUGCGCGCUAUAACCGACAACAAUUCAAGACGGUAGUUAAUGCAACGAAUUAUCCGAUUUAUCGCAUUUUUUUCCCCGAGGUGCAUAUCUGCAAUCAGAAUCGUUUAAAUUGGGCACGUUUCCCUUCGGCAAAAGAAAACUAUUUACGUCGCGAGCAUCACAACACCCAUUUGGAUCGCCUUUUCACCGAAGUGGUGGCGCUGUAUGACACUUUCACUUUUGGCCGUUUCGAUGUAUUUCAAAAUUUGAGUGGUCAACCAUUGCACGAGUUGGAUUAUGUGAAUUUCACGUCCGUUGCGAAAUUUAUGUCCUGGCGUUGCGAUGAACUAUUCACGAAUUGUGUUUGGCGUCAUACACCAAUGAAUUGUUGUGAUAUAUUUAUAAUGCGUCGUUCCACAUACGGAUUUUGCAUGUCCUUCAAUUCACUCGAAAUGACAGAGGAACAAUUAAGACAGAAGUUCGACGAUAAAUGGCCAUGGCGUGCGGCUCGAAGUGGGCCGGGUACUGGCCUAAAGGUGCGAGUGCUGAUAAACGAACAGCUGCAUUCACCCUACUCAACAAACCAGAAGGGCGUUAUGUUUAUGCUGAUGGAGCCUGGCGUGUGGUGGGGCUAUCCGAAUCGUGUGGACGUGAAUGGUCAGGUGCAGGUGCGAAUUAAUGCCCAACUUAGUUUCUACGAUGAUGCAACGCGGCGCAUAUCUUCGAGAAUACGCGAGUGUGUCUUCGAUACUGAACGCAACAGCAUUGAUUUUAGAACAUUACUGAAUCACGUUUAUAUGUUUGAGAACUGCCAAGCCGAAUGCCGGCAAGAGUAUUCAAUGAGAUUUUGCAAUUGCUCAGUGGACAUAUUCUUUCCGCCCAGCCAAUACCCGCCAUGCAAAUUGUCGGAUAUGCCAUGUUUGGUGCGACACAACAGCCGCUUGACCUCCUUCGAACAGAGUGACGAAAUAGAAUUUUCGUCAUCUGGCGCACAGAAUUUGGCUAUAGUCUGCGAGUGCUUAUUAAACUGUCUAUCGCUGGCCUAUCUCAUAGAUGUGCGCUCCUCUUUACUGCCUAAUGCCAUUCAAAAACUGAAUAACUCUCAUAUAAAUAUGGAUUUUUAUUUUAUACGCGAUUCAAUUGUGGUCUUUCGAACGACUGUAAUUUACACUUGGGUGGAUUUGUUGGUUAACUUUGGCAACGCGACAGCACUCUUUCUGGGAUGUUCGCUCAUUAGCGCCGUCGAAUUGAUCUACUAUUUCUGCGUUUAUAUGCCACGACGCCUUUGGAGAGCUCAUAAGAAAUUAAAGAAACUAACGCGCGCCCCAAUCCACUACGACUGGACGACUCAGUUGUCUAUCAGAAACGAAACAAGUAUGGAAUCUGCGGAAAUUAAAAAAAUGGAGCACAAACAAUUCUGA